AAACGAUCACAGAAACACAGUAGCUUGUUUGCGUCCACGCGUUGACGUCAGCAGAAAAUACGGAAGUAAUUUUAAUCCAUGCUGGCGCGAAAAUCUAACUACAGAAGGGAAAUAAUAUUGUACACUUAGGCAAGUGUCGAAGAAGACGUUUUCAUUUUAUAAUGUUAAUAUGGCAGAAGAAUAUAACAAAUCUAGGUUUAAAAGAAAAAAGCUGUUAACCGAUCCUUGCCUAACAGAACUUGUAAUCUACAAUAAAUCGUCCGAGGGCUGCGAAGCAAAUAGGUCGGCUGUUCACGCACAUGAAUGGUGGGUCAGGGAUGACCUGUCUGGGGUAGAACGUUUGUGGACCAUUUCUCUCAAAUCUGCUCUGCAGUGUUUCGAAUCAGAGUCAUGGGGUCCAGUUCCAGAUCUUCCAGCGACCUUAAUAACAUCCAGUAAGCCCAAGCCUAGUGAAUGGAGAUGGUGCAACCUCAGUGAAGAAGUGAUUCCAUUUCCCGAGCCACCUCCUCCCCCAUGUCCUCCCGUGGUUUUCCUUUCUCCUCCACCCGACUCUCUCCAUCUCAGUCCGCCUCUAGAGAGGACUCUAGCUGCUCCAGCAGAGUCUAGGAAGACAUUGUCCACCCUUGGUCUUCUGAAACAUACACCAUGUCAGCAGUAUUUGCCAGGAGAGGGCACAAGUAGCACCGGGCAAGGCCACACCUCCAGGGACAAUAGUAGCAAAGAAAGGGGACCCGAGACCACCCUUAAGGUGAGAGGAGACAAAAAAGACAACAUGGCAAAAACAGGACCCCCCACAUUGCAGCACAACACAGUCUAUGCACGCUCCACAUCACUCCCUGAAAGUAAUCAUCAUCCCUCCACACAGCAAUGGAUGAGAGGAUCAUUACCAGGAUCCAGGAGCGAUGAAAAAAAGGUGGAGGAAGAGAAGGAACAGGGGAGUCUGAUCAAAAGGCAGCUACCUGCACACCGGGGGGAAGCCUCUGACAGCUGCACUGCCACUACGAGGGUGGAGGAGAUGAGGAGGAAAGGGGAGAAGGAGGGGGUGGUGUCUGGGAGCUGUGGAGUUGAUCCUGGUAGGGGUAGAGGAAGUGAAGAAGCAGCAGGAAGAGGAGGCAUACAGAGUUGUCCCAUGUGUCUGGUGGUGUUCCCUGCUGGGUUCACUCAAAUGGACUGUGACAGCCAUCUUGCCCAGUGUCUGUCUGAGAUGAAUGUCGACAUGGCAUGGUGAUCCAUGUGGUCUCGACUGUGCUUCAGUGGACCUCCCAAGAUUGGUUACAUUUAUUCAAUAGAAGACUGGCUCCACCAAAUCCAUUUAAAGGACUAUGAGUUUACACAAUGUUACUGUUAGAUUCAUGUGUCCAAUCUCGUAAUUUUAAAGGUGAAUGUGACCACUGAGUUAAAUGGAAUGACCAGUAUACAGGUCAGCAUGAUUACUAAUGAUGAUACUAAUUUAUAGAAGAAAUGUAUUAAAGACGGUAUUUGUUGAUAAUUACCCAUUAGUUAUUCAACAGAUGCUGGUAUGUGAGAUAUAAGCACCAGGAUUUCGCAGAUAAUGCAAAAAAUAAAUAAAUCUGCUGUGGUUUACAAAAAGGGUCUCAGCUCACAGAAAACCUGUUUCAUUUUUAAUAAUUACAGAUAUUUACAGAGAUGCGUUAAAGCAGAAUUAAGCACAUCCAACCAGCAAAUAUAUUAGAACACAAAAAUUAUGGACUGAAUAGAGUUGUUUCCCCAUUCUUUUUUUCUUACAGAUUUGCAUUUUUUUUUAAGCUUUUUUUUACAGAUUUUUUUGUAACCAUUGCUGUAUUGUUAGAUAUCAUUUCAACGACUCCCAGUUCUUCUGUUGGUCCCACAAGGAAAUAAGUGUAUGUUUUUCUAGAGAUAUCAAAUAAAACAAGCCGUAUGAAUAAAAUAGACACUGUGA